AGAGGCGUUGAUGUUGAUAGGACUUGAGCGGGUACACUUUCGAUCUCGACUGGACAUCAUAGCCGAAUUGACGAGCUUUGUUUUGGUAAACAGAAAGUCUGCGGGAUUAAAAACGCGUUUCAAAUUUGUCGCGUUUGUCUAACAAGCGAUUUAACAUCAAAAACAGCAUGUGGGCUUUUCUGCGGGCUCGUUGUUGUUUCACUUCGCUCACUUUCUGAUCACAAUGCUAACUAGCUACGUUCUGCCCGAUGCUAAUGUUCGCUAACUCGAACGCAGAAUUGUAAAUAUGCGUCGCGGUGGAUCGUUAUCAUCUUCUGCUGUCACGCCACGAAGCCCAUAAACAAGAGAUCGCUGCACUGUAAAAUAUCUUCAUUUCACACGGUUAAAGUCAGGGCUGUCCUGAUCAGGAUUCCAUAUAAUCGUUCAACAAACCUCUCAAGAAUUACCAACAUUUUUGGAUGGCGGUGGCUCCCGCCUCGAUGGCAGAUAAGAUCAUAGUCCUUGAUGAUGAUGAUGAAGAGGAGAGUCCUCAGCCCUCCUGUUCUGCGUCCAGGUCGUCCUCUCAGCAGCAAGCAAAAAAGGUGUCGGCGCUCAAAGCUCAGCAGCCUGUCCCGACCCACAUCACCCAGUCACCUUUCGCCUCAGCAAAGAAAAACGCACAUGUACUUCAGGCAGAGAAUCAGAGGUUGUUCGCUGAGUUUGUGGAGCACUGCUCAGCUCUCACCCAGGACUGUCCUGAGGUCCUGACCUUCCUCCAAACGAAGCACUCCAAGGCCUCCCCUGAAUAUCUGUCAUCAGUGGAGUUUAGGAACACCUUGGGACACUGUUUGACUCGUGCCCAGGCAAACCGUUCCAAAACCUUUGUCUACAUCAACGAACUGUGCACUGUACUGAAGCAGCAUGCAGCCAAGAAGAGGCAGAUCAUCACCAAAGUUGAGCCUGGGCCUUGUACCUCAACAUCAAGCUCUACACCGCCUACCUCUGUUACACUCAAAAGUAAAGACAAGUCUAAAGUGAAAGUGGAUGAGGAGAAGGACAGGGUGAAAUCAGCAGCAGAGGAUAAGCAACCAUCCACCUCAGGGCUGCAGGAGGGCGAGGAGGAGGGCAACAAAGAGGAACAGCAAGCUGAGAAAAAGGCAAAGAGAGCUUCCAGGAAACAGAUAGCGUACCUGGAGAAUCUACUGAAGGUCUACAACGAGGAGAUCUACCGCCUGCAGCAGUCCGAGCUCAGUUUAGACGACCUGGGAUCUGAAGAAUCUUUAUACAUCCAAGAGCACAAGCUGAAACGCAAGAUGAUGAAGAUUUAUGAAAAGCUGUGUGAACUAAAGGGCCGCAACACACUAACAGGCCGAGUCAUCGAGCAGAGGAUCCUCUACAACAGCACGCGUUAUCCGGAGAUCAACAGGAAGAUUGAGCGGUUCAUCAACAGUCCUGAGGCACACAGGAACCCUCCAGAUUACCACGACAUCCUCCAGCAGGUGCUGCGUGCAAAUGAGCGCCACAAACUGUGCCUGAGCAGAAAACAGCUGAACCAGAUCGCCCAGGAGGCUUUCAGGGAGACCGGGAGCCGCAUGCAGGAAAGACGCCACCUGGACCUGGUGUACAACUUCGGCUCGCACCUGACUGACACCUACAAAGCUGCUGCCGACCCGGCUCUGAGGGACAACUCUCUGCUUCGGAAACUGCGAUCGAACCGAGAAUUGGGUCUGUCACGUCUGGAGGAGGUCAUCACCAAGUAUGCCGUGAAGCAAGAGGACACAGAGGAGCAGGAGAGGACCAAGCGACUGGGGAAAAACAACAAAGAGAAGGAGGGCCACAAAUCAGAAAAGGAAGAAGAAAAUAAAGAGGUGAACGGAGUGGCAGAGGUGGAAGAAGAAGAGGUGGAGGAGGAGGAGGAGGAGGAUGAUGAGGAGGAGGAUGAAUCAUCAGACCCAGACAUUGAGGAGGAAAUCCAGGCCAGCACUCAGCAGGAUGGACCAGACGAUAUUGAGAACGGCGACGACGACAGUAACGAGGCGAAUGGCAUCAACAAGGAGGAUCAGACAGACGAGGUGUCAGGAAGCGUUUCUGCGGGGGAAAGUGUGAAAGAUGAAGACGAGGAACCGAUCUCAAGUGGACCCAGUCCUCUUUCUGAUGAAAGCAAAUCCCUGAUAUCACCGCUGUCUGACCCGCCCUCCCCCAGACACAGCCCCAGCCAAUCAGAGCCAAUGCAGACUGACAACCACACACAGUUAUCUAAUGGUAACCUUGCAGGAUUAGAGGAGCCUGUUGAUUCCUCAAAUCAAGUUUCAGUCGUGCUGGUAAGCACCAGCGAAGACACCAAGGACCCCGGUGACGUCACUGCAGCAGACAGUAGGGUGCCUCCGCCCCUCUCACCCGCAGUGAUAAUAGAAAAAUGUCCCACACAGACGACGACCAACGGAACAUCGCCGCCUCCCAGUCCCAGAACAACCAGGGCGAAGAGGAAGAGAGAGGAAACAUCAGGGAACUCCCAGAAUACAAAGUGCAUAAACACCUGUGACAGUGAUAUAGAUAUCCCACUGGAGAUGGGUGUUUAUAGCUGCAGUUCUCCGCAGCAGGCAGAGUCAACACGAGCCGACACGCCAACCCAGGAAAUAGUCAGCAGCUCGCAGUCGACGCCGCCUCCCAAGAGAAACAAGGUCAACGUGGCGACUCAGUGUGACCCAGAUGAGAUCAUCGUCCUGUCAGACUCAGAAUGACCUUCGACCUCUCUGCACCACAGAUUGUUCCACCUGUUACCUGUAUUCUAGGAUUUCCUGAAAACACUCCUUUCUGAGGACCGUCCCUGUCUGCUGGCUUGUUAAUUUUUUUUAAAAUUAUUAUUAUUAUUUUUUUCAAAUGAAAAAUUCUUGCUGAAAUGAAUGUGAUCCAAACAGCCACUUACAGGUGUGGAAAACAGGGAAAAGUAGGAAUUUGGUACAUCGUGUUACAUGAUUAAAUUUUGCCAAACACAAGCCCAAGUGCUUUGUAAACAACUUAGAUAAAAUUGUACUCUAUCGUUUAAAAGAAAGCUGAUUAAACUGGACAUUUCUUUUCUGGAAAAUCAAGGUUUUGGGAGCCUUCUUCUUCUACAGCUGUGUGCUUCACUGCUGAUGUAGACGUCGACUGUCUUCUUUCCCUUUGCGGGUGCAGUAAUGAUCUGAGUCGACUGGGUGAUCCAAACUUCUCUUGCCGUGUUUCCUGCCACUCAGUGCGACACGACUAAUGGCGGCUGACAUCCGAUUGGUUGUAGCAUUGAAAUACGUUUUUCUGCUGCUCUGAACACAGAGCUAAACAAUCUUCUCAUGAUUGUCCCCUGACUUGAACUUUUGUUAUUGUGGUGUGUGAAAGAAAUCAGUGCCUGAAACAUGAACUGUGCAAGGAGUUUUGUUUUCACAGACACUCGACUGGCGUUUGCUCACCGCCAGUUUGUUUACAUUUUUAUAUUGCAAUUGCAAUUU